AAUCUGACAGUAAAUCCAUUUAGCCCGGAGGUGACAUGGCCUGAAUGAUCUCUGCGGGAAGUUUCAGGAAAUGCAACAGGUGGAGCAGCCGUGGGGAAUAAAGCGUGGACUGCAGUCAGAGUUUUUAAAGUCAGCGGUGUUUUUAAUAGAGGAGGGAGGGCGAGCAGGUGAAGCGGUGAACGGUGUGUCAGACCGCUGCUCUUAUCCACACUCACCGCCGACAGGAACCGACCGGACCAGGAGGCAAACUAUCUGACGCAGGUCAGGUGCCACCAUGGAUGACAGCAGCCUGACUGACUCCAACGUUAAGGUCGCAGUGAGAGUGCGACCCAUGAACAGGAGAGAAAGAGAGCUGAAAACCAAAUGUGUGGUGGAGAUGGAGGGGAACCAGACCGUUCUGCAUUCAGCCAUCAGUAACGUGAACAAGGGAGACCCCAGGAACCAGCCUAAGGUGUUUGCCUAUGACUACUGCUUCUGGUCCAUGGACGAGUCCCAGAAAGACAAGUUUGCAGGUCAGGAUGUGGUGUUCCAGUGCCUUGGGGAGAGCCUUCUGGACAACGCUUUCAUGGGCUACAACGCCUGCAUAUUCGCUUACGGACAGACGGGUUCUGGGAAGUCUUACACCAUGAUGGGUUCAGCGGAGCAGCCUGGCCUGAUCCCUCGUCUCUGCAGCUCGCUGUUCAACAGGACGGUGAAGGAGGUCCGAGAUGGAGAGACCUUCACCGUGGAGGUGUCCUACCUGGAGAUUUAUAACGAGAAGGUCCGAGACCUGCUGGACCCCAAAGGGAGCCGCCAGGCGCUGAGAGUGAGAGAGCACAAUGUUCUUGGUCCUUAUGUGGACGGUCUGUCCCGCCUGGCCGUGGCCAGCUACAAGGACAUCGAGACUCUGAUGUCGGAGGGAAAUAAAUCUCGCACCGUGGCCGCAACAAACAUGAACGAAGAGAGCAGCAGGUCUCACGCCGUGUUUAACGUCACCCUCACGCACACGCUGGUGGAUCUGCAGUCCGGGACGCGUGGGGAGAAAGUGAGCAAGCUGAGCCUGGUGGAUCUUGCUGGGAGCGAGCGAGCGACCAAAACCGGAGCAGCUGGAGAAAGGCUGAAAGAAGGCAGCAACAUCAACAAGUCUCUCAGCACUCUGGGUUUAGUUAUCUCAGCUCUGGCUGAUCAAGGAGCCGGAAAGAACAGAAGCAAGUUUGUUCCCUACAGAGACUCUGUGCUCACCUGGCUGCUCAAGGACAGCCUUGGAGGUAAUAGCCGCACCGUCAUGGUCGCCACCAUCAGCCCGGCGGCAGACAACUACGACGAGACGCUGUCCACCUUGCGUUACGCAGACAGGGCCAAGAGCAUUGUCAACCACGCCGUGGUCAACGAAGACCCCAACGCCAGGAUCAUCCGUGAGCUCCGAGAGGAAGUGGAGAAACUCAAGGAGCAGCUCACAGAGGCGGAGUCGAUGAAAGCUCCUGAGCUGAAGGAGCGACUGGAAGAGUCUGAGAAGUUAAUCCAAGAGAUGACAGUCUCCUGGGAGGAGAAGCUCCGCAAGACAGAAGCUGUUGCUCAGGAGCGUCAGAAGCAGCUGGAAAGUCUGGGUAUCUCCCUUCAGUCGUCCGGCAUCAGAGUGGUGGAAGACAAGUGUUUCCUGGUCAACCUCAACGCUGACCCCGCCCUCAACGAGCUGCUGGUCUACUACCUCAAGGAUCACGCUCGCGUGGGCUCAGCCGACUCGCAGGAUGUCCAGCUGUGUGGGAUGGCCAUCCAGCCAGAGCACUGCGUCAUCGACAUAUCGGAGAACAGCGUGGUGCUCACUCCUCACCGUGGGGCGCGGACCUGUGUAAACGGCGCGGUAGUCACCAGUCAGAUCCAGCUGCAUCAUGGUGACAGAAUCCUGUGGGGAAACAACCACUACUUCCGGAUCAGCCUCCCCAGGCACAGAGGGCGAGCGGCAGGCGAGGACGAGGGCGGUGGAGCCGCCAUGCAGAAACGCCUGAGCGCCGAGCAGCUGGAGGCGGAUCUGGACUCGACCAGCGACGUCUCCAGUGACCUGAGCUUCAGCUAUGAGUUCGCCCAGACCGAGGUCAUGAUGAAAGGGAUGGGCACCAACGACCCCCUGCAGUCGGUGCUGCAGACCCUGGAGAGGCAGCAUGAGGAGGAGAAGCGCUGCGCUCUGGAGCGACAGAGACUGAUGUACGAACAGGAGCUGCAGCAGCUCCGACAGCGCCUCACUCCUGAAAGGCCCGCCCACUUUUCAGACGCAUCAGCCGCCGCGCCGUCGUCUAACAAACGUUUGCGGCGCUGGAGCGAAGACCGAGAAGCGUUGAUGACCCGCAGCCUGCGGCGCCUCAGGCAGCAGAUCGUUCGGGCCAAAAUGUUGGCCGAAGAGGCCAGCUUCAUCGCCGAAGAGCUAAACAAGAGGACGGAGUACGUGGUGACCCUGCAGAUACCCGCUGCCAACCUGGACGCCAACAGGAAGCGUGAUGCGGUCCUGAGUGAGCCGGCCAUCCAGGUCCGUAGGAAAGGGAAAGGGAAGCAGAUCUGGGCCCUGGAGAAGCUGGAGAACCGGCUGGUGGACAUGAGGGACCUGUACCAGGAGUGGAAGGUCAUGGAUGAGGAUAACCCUAUGAUGAGAUACUUCAAGCAUGAAGACCCCUUCUUCGAUGAGCAGGAGAACCACAGUCUGAUCGGUGUGGCCAACGUCUUCCUGGCCUGCUUGUUCUACGACAUUAAGCUGCAGUAUGCAGUGCCCAUCAUCAACCAGAAAGGAGAGGUUGCGGGCCGUCUGCAUGUGGAAGUGUGGAGAGGUACUGAAAACUCUGAGGACAGCGGCGCCGGACCCCCCGACCCGACAGCAGAGCAGCAGGAGCGCAAACUGGACUGUGUGGUGAAGAUCCUCCAGGCCACCGGUCUUCCUCGCCACCUGUCUAACUUCGUCUUCUGCCAGUAUCACUUCUGGGGCCUGGAGGAGCCGGUCUUCACCGCUCCGGAGGUGGCGUCGUCCAGCACGCCGUCUGCCUCCAGAGACCCUCAGUGCACUGUGGUCUUUGACAGCACCAAGGAGUUAUCGGUUCCAGCGACAGAAGAUCUGCUGGAGUUCCUGGCUGACGGCGCCGUGGCGAUUGAAGUUUACGGACACAAACAGGCCAACCAUCGCAGGAACCUGGCGCUGUGGGACCUGGGAGUGAUUCAGGCUAAGACCAGAUCCCUCAGAGAGAGGUGGAGCGAGGUGACCCGGCGCCUGGAGCUGUGGGUGCAGCUGGUGGAGCUGAACGAGGCGGGAGACUUCGCCGCCGUGGAGGUUCUUCCUGCCAAAGACGUCCGCACUGGCGGCGUCUUCCAGCUCAAACAGGGUCAGUCUCACCGGAUCCGGGUGGAGGUGAGGCCGGUACCAGACUCCGGAACAAUGCCGCUCAUCGCCGCCUCCAUUCUAUCCGUGUCGGUUGGGGACGUAAAGGUUCGCCAGAUGCCCGUCCCCAAAAACAAUCGGGAUGAAGGGGAAGACAUGGACAGCUACCAGGAGGCGGACCUGGAGAGGAUGAGGGAACAGUGGCUGAACGCGCUCACCGAGAGGCAGGAGUACCUGGACCAGCAGCUGCAGAAGAUCGUCUCCAAGCCGGACAAGACGGAGGACGACGUAGAGAGGGAGUCCCAGCUGCUAGAGUGUCGCCUGACCCUGACAGAGGAGAGGAACGCGGUGCUCGUCCCGUCAGCUGGAAGCGGCAUCCCAGGAGCCCCGGUAGAGAGGGUUCCUGUUCCUGGAAUGGAAACCCACAUUCCUGUCCUGUUCCUAGAUCUGAGCGCUGAUGAUUUUCAGUCCAGGCUGUCGGCCCCUCUGGCGGGGGGGCUGGACGCGGUGCUCAGUGGUGAAGAUGAAGACGACUUCUUUGACCUUCAAAUAGUUAAACACUUUGAUCCAGAGGUGAAGGCGGAGGCCUCCUGGGACUCCACCAUCCACGAGUGUCCUCAGCUUAGCCGAGCGGCGUCCCCCGAUCAGAGGGUCUUCCUGACCGUCCGCACCGUGGUGGAGCUGAGCCACCCGGCACACAUGGAGCUGGUCCUCAGGAAGCGCAUAUGUGUCAACGUGACGGGGAAGCAGGGAUUCGCUCAGAGCCUCCUGAAGAGGAUGUCUCAGCGAAGCACCAUCCCAGGCUGUGGAGUCACCUUUGAAAUCGUCUCCAACAUCCCAGGAGACAUCCACGGUCCAGAGGACAGGGAGAUGCUGGCCAGGCUGGCUGCCAGCGCCGAGGACGAGCAGUCGGCAGACAGCGAGGCGGCCAUAGAGAAGUACCUGCGCAGCGUCCUGGCUGUGGAGAACAUCCUGACCCUGGAUCGACUCAGACAGGAGGUCACUGUGAGGGAGCAGCUGGCGGUCAGAGGGAAGCCUGCCAGACGCUGCCUGAGCUCUCCAAACGUAGACCGGGGCUGGGAGAGCCAUCAGGACCUGUCGGCGGCGCCUCCUCCAUCCAGACGCACGCUGGCCAGCAGCGUGUCCCAGAACCUGAACGCAGAGACGGUGAGGGCCGUUCCCAAGCUGCUGAAGUCUCUGCUUCCUGGAGGGAAGGAGGACCACGAGCAGACCGCCGUCCCUCAGCAGUCCCAGAGUCUUCCCCGCAUCGUGGUGCAGUCGGCCAGUGUGGAAGAGGACAUGUCUAAGCACCAGCAGCUGGAAGCCGGUCCAGCAGAUGCUGAAAAGGAGAUCCACAGAUCCGUCCCGCUCCCACCUCCUAUCAUCCCAAACGUGGAGGACCCCAGCUUGGUUAGCGAAGCAUCUAGGUUGUCCAACAUGUCGGCAGCGAGGCAUUCGGACGUCUACACACUGAGCUGGGACCUGGAGCUGGAGGAAGACGAUAAAGAGGCGGAGGAGUUCUCAGCUGAGAGUCUAGGUUUAACUAAAGAGCCAGACCAGGAUCCAUUCAGUCAGGAGACGACUCUGAUAGAGUCAGAUCUGAGGGAGCAGGAGCCAAACUCAUCUCUGUCAGUGGAAGUAAAGGGUGAGGAAGAAGCUGCUCCAGAUACAGAAAACCAGCUCACACUAAACCCAAACACGAGUGAUGGAUCCGGACUAAAACAGUCUGAAGGUUUAGAGAACCACACCGAGGGAGUGGCCAAACAGAACUAUGGAAACAAACAAGAAGGAAUCCAGAAGACGGGUCCUUCUGGUUCUCCAACAACACAUCUUGAUAUGUCCGAUAUAAAUGAGGACACCUGUGAGCGGUCCCUCACCACUAAAACAGCUGACCAACAGGAUGAAGUCCUGCUGGAAUCUGUCCCUUCACAACACCUGGAACAAGACCGUGCAUCCUCUGAGGGUACUGAAGAACCGGCUCCAAAUGUCAACCCAGCUACGACUGCGCCACCAAAUCAAGAGUCUGGCCCUAAUUCACCCCGAGGAGAAUCAUCGUCUGAUCCCUCCGAUACAAACGGUGUCCUUGUCCAACCCAAACAGCCUUCUGAUUCUCCCACUAACUCUGCCACCAGUUCCGCUCGGCCCUCCAAGUCCAGUUCAACAGCAGUCAACCCCUUCAAGAUCCAGAAAGUAAAGUCCUCAGACCUCAAGUCCUUCCAGCAGAUUGUGAAAGAAGAAGGUGGUAAACCAGCACAGAUGGGGCGGGUUGGAAGCCUCGGCACAGGACUGGACCUGUCUGUGCCGGCAGAGAGCCUGGAAAGCAUCUCAGAUUUGGAGGAGGGAGACGAAGCUGCUUCCAGUGUUCUUCCUGACUGGUUGAAAGAAGGGGUGUUUGUGACCGUGGGGACCAAUAAGAGCGGCACGGUGCGCUACGUGGGGCCCACAGAUUUUGCAGAUGGUACCUGGGUUGGAGUUGAACUGGAGGUACCAGCAGGGAAGAAUGAUGGUUCGGUGGGUGGGAAGCACUAUUUCCAUUGUAACCCUGGUUACGGAGUCCUCGUCAGACCUGACAGAAUUACCCGCAGCGGAACCAAACGACAACGCCAGAAGCAGAAGCGGCGUAGUGCCAACCUGUCCGGAUCCAGUCCAAACCUGGCAGCCCUUACCGCUCUGGCCAAAGGUGAGACCGCUCCAUCCGGCCGCGGCAGAGGAGAGAACCGCAAAUCAUGGAACUCUUGAAAGAUCUGCUGUAAAGGACGGAGGGGGGGGGCAGGAUAAGAUUCAGGAUCUUGCCCUUCGCUUUGAGAGCUGCUAUCACUUACUGACAUUUGCAGACAAGUAUUCUAGAGACGAUGAAAGCCUCACCAAAAGCGCAUUCUUCUAACUACGGCUAACCUUAAGAAAAUGCCAGGUGCAAGAAAUGAGGGUGAUGAGAAUGUUGAGGAACCUUCAGAACUCAACUUGGCACAAGGCUGAAGGUUUGAUACUGUGGAAUGAGCACAUUGAAAGACUAACUCAAACUCUAAAGCAAUGUUUUUAUAAGGUGCGUUUGUCUUUUUACAUUACACUGUUUGCUGAUGACGUUUGUGUAUUUGCUGCAUGCGAGUUGAUGCUGCAGCCUUAUUCUUGUGCCUUGACUACUGCUCAAAUGUGUGCCUUGAUCAUAUGCAAACCUGGAAGCUUUUUCCCAUGAGAUCUUCCUGGUUUUUCAAAGACUGUUUUUAAAUAUAGAUAAAUUUGCACACAAAUUAUACAAAUAUUAAUGCAUCAGCUUUAAAUGUCUUCGUCUUCCUGCCAAGAAUGUGUUGAUUCUUUUAGGUUUUUUUUGUGUAUGAACAUGUCUGGAAUGGGGAAAUUUAAGGAAUAUUGUCUGGUCUAUUUAGUUUUGUUUUUUAUUAUGCAUUUAAGAUCAAGCUGACUGCUUAGAAUGUUUAUUUAUUUGAAAAUAAAGAUGUUCAAUUUUCUCUUAAGUAACCAGUCGAAUGGAUAUCAUG